GGCGCACAGGGGGCCUGAGGCUUCUUGCCAACCAGGACAGCCGUUUCUCUCCGCUUCUGCACUUGGGGCAUCUUCGCCUUCCCCUCCUUCUCCUCUUCAGCGUUGCCCGUGCAGGAUCAGUGUACCUCUCCGGGACAUGGAGACCGUCGUCCGCCGCUGCCCAUUCUUAUCCCGCGUACCCCAGGCCUUUCUGCAGAAGGCGGGCAAAUCUCUCUUGUUCUAUGCCCAGAACUGCCCCAAGAUGAUGGAGGUUGGAGCCAAGCCAGCCCCUCGGGCUCUGACCACUUCAGCUGUCCACUGCCAGCAGGUCAAGGAAACCCCUCCCGCCAAUGAGAAAGACAAAACGGCCAGAACCGAGGCCCACAAGGCCCCUGAUGGAUCCCCGCAGACUUCACAGGGUGCCCAGCUUCCAUCUGGACACCCACCCCCUGCUACAAGCCAGGGCACUGCCAGCAAAUGUCCUUUCCUGGCAGCCCAGAUGAACCAGAAGGGUAGCAGCGUCUUCCGCAAAGCCAGUCUCGAGCUUCAAGAGGACGUGCAAGAGAUGCAUGCUGUAAGGAAAGAGGUUGCUCAGACCUCUGAGAACCCUGCGACAGUCACUAUGAAGGCUGAUGGUGGGGAGCAGCGUGGAUUACUCAAGAACUUCCAGGACAUCAUGCUGAAGCAAAAGCCAGAAAGAGUGUCACAUCUUCUUCAAGAUAACUUGCCAAAAUCUGUUUCUACUUUUCAAUAUGAUCGUUUCUUCGAGAAGAAAAUCGAUGAGAAAAAAAACGAUCACACUUACCGAGUUUUUAAAACUGUGAAUCGGAGGGCGCACAUCUUCCCCAUGGCAGACGACUACUCUGACUCUCUGAUCACCAAGAAGCAGGUGUCAGUCUGGUGCAGCAACGACUACCUAGGAAUGAGUCGCCACCCGCGGGUGUGUGGGGCAGUCAUGGAGACUUUGAAGCAACAUGGUGCCGGAGCGGGUGGAACUAGAAACAUUUCUGGAACUAGCAAAUUCCAUGUGGAUUUGGAAAAGGAAUUGGCAGACCUUCAUGGGAAAGAUGCAGCACUCUUGUUUUCCUCCUGCUUUGUAGCCAACGACUCUACCCUCUACACUCUGGCUAAAAUGAUGCCAAGCUGUGAGAUUUACUCCGAUUCUGGGAACCACGCCUCGAUGAUUCAAGGGAUUCGGAAUAGUGGGGUGCCAAAGUACAUCUUCCGCCACAACGACGCCAAACACCUCCGAGAAUUGCUACAGAGAUCGGACCCCUCCGUCCCCAAGAUUGUUGCAUUUGAAACUGUCCACUCAAUGGAUGGUGCAGUGUGCCCACUGGAAGAGCUAUGUGACGUGGCCCAUGAGUUUGGGGCUAUCACCUUCGUGGAUGAGGUCCAUGCAGUGGGGCUGUACGGUGCCCGAGGCGGAGGGAUUGGCGACCGGGAUGGAAUCAUGCCCAAAAUGGACAUCAUUUCAGGAACACUUGGCAAAGCCUUUGGAUGCGUUGGAGGCUACAUCGCCAGCACAAGCUCCCUGGUGGACACAGUCCGGUCCUAUGCAGCAGGCUUCAUCUUCACGACCUCCCUGCCGCCCAUGCUACUGGCCGGGGCCCUCGAGUCUGUGCGCAUCCUGAAGAGUGCCGAGGGACAAGCCCUUCGCCGCCGGCACCAGCGCAACGUCAAACUCAUGAGGCAGAUGCUGAUGGACGCCGGCCUCCCGGUCGUCCACUGUCCCAGUCACAUCAUCCCUGUGCGGGUGGCUGAUGCUGCCAAGAACACGGAAAUCUGUGACGAGCUCAUGAGCAGACAUAACAUCUACGUCCAAGCAAUCAACUACCCCACCGUGCCUCGGGGAGAGGAGCUCCUGCGCAUUGCCCCCACCCCUCACCACACCCCGCAGAUGAUGAACUACUUCCUGGACAAUUUGCUGGCCACGUGGAAGCGAGUGGGGCUGGACCUCAAGCCGCAUUCCUCCGCCGAGUGCAACUUCUGCAGGAGACCUCUGCAUUUUGAAGUGAUGAGUGAGAGAGAGAAGUCUUACUUCUCAGGCAUGAGCAAGUUGGUGUCUGCUCAGGCCUGAGCAUGCCUGAUCCCGUGCACUCCACCUGCCCCCAGCCAUAGCCACAUAGACUCCAGAACUGUCUUUAUAUGUGAAUUAAAUUAUAUCAAAUUUAGUCUAUAAGGAAAAUAUAAUCCUGAAAAUAAA